GUGCAGGCUGCCUGCCAGCCGGAUGAGUUCGAGUACCAGAAGGUGGCAGAACUUGUCAACCCGUCGGCAGCAGAAGUCGUUGCUGCAGUGGAGCUUCAGGUCAAGAGACCAGGCUUGGAUGCCACGAGGGUCCUGGAGGAUUUCAACUUGGACUUGUCCAAGACCGAAACUGAUGCCGUGGAAGCGAAGCGGAUCUUCAAGAGGAUGAAGAAGAAGAAAGUAAAGCCAAACGCUCUUUCGUAUGAAAGAGCCCUCGAUGCCUGUGCCCGGAGGGACGAUUGGUCGGCGGGCAGCCAUUUCCUGGCUGGCAUGCAUGCCAGACAGAUUUCUCUGCCGUCAAGCUACUGGCAGGAUAGACUGCGCAUGUCCUGUCACAUUUUGGACAAGAAGUGCAGCUUGGUCUCGGAUGUACUGCCUGUUUUCAUUCAAUUGCAAGCCUGCGGUGUCAGUCUGACUUCGUACCACUAUAUCGUGGGUCUCCGCCACGUUUCCGACGACGUCACAAAAACGCGAGCCUGGUUGAAGCAGAUGAGGGAUAUGGCGGUCAAUCCCAGCUCGUACUCUCUCUUCCAGGGCUUUUCUGCAUGCAGUACUGCUGGAUCCUGGGACGCGGCCUGUGACUUUCUCCGAGAAAUGGUCCACAGAGGCUUGUUUCGGACCAAGAACGUGCACUACGGUGGGAAGGAGCUGGUUGAACUGGUUCGCUCCAGAAGGGAUCGUCUAGACCUGAUUUCCAACAUGUUUUGCACUGCCACAGUGAGUCCUGAGAUCUUGCAGCCAAAAGCAGGGAAGGUAUUGGGUAUACGCGGCAUGUGGGAAGAAGCAUUGGAUUGGUUUGCAGGCCUUUCACGGGUAGAUUUGCUUCCGCAGCGAUCUGAUUUCGUGGACAUCAUUACGGCACUGGCAAGCUCCCGGCAAUUGCAGCUAGCAUCAACAUUCCUGCGUGAUGUUCCCGACCGGAUGUUCACGAAAGCAAUGGUUGCAGAUCUCUUUGACCGAACAGACGAAUGGAGCAUCUUGUUACAGUUGCUUGCUCGGCUUCAACGGAAAGGAGCUUCGGGCCAUUCCUUUUACACCGCAGCCAUAGCGGCCUGUGGCAGGGCUUCGGAGUGGGAGAGAGCUAUCAGUCUUUUGGGAGAAUCUAUAUCCGAAGCCACCUAUGGUGCUGCCAUACAUGCUUGUGACAAGGGAGGAGAGCAGCUGCGCGCGAUGCAGCUCAUGGACGAGAUGUGUAGAAAGAAGCUGACGCCAGGGGAACGCGCCUUCAGUGGAGUGCUGGCAGCAUGUCAUAAAAGUGGGCGAUGGGAAUAUGCGCUUCAGCUGUUGCACGCUAUGCAGGACAGCCAGAUCCCCAUGAACUUGCAAAUGUAUGGAGCAGCAUUGGGUGCUUGCGCAGCAGGGUCAGCCUGGCAAAGGUCUGUUUGCCUUCUGGAAGACAUGUCUGGCAGCGAAGUGCCCCCAAAUUUGAUUUGCUAUAACCAAUUGCUGGAUGCUGUCGUGCGUGAGCCAGUCUGCUACCCUCUCUUCCGGCAAGCCCUGGAAGCGAAAGUGUGGCCAGGCAUCCUCAGUAAAGACGGCAUCCUAGAUGUACAUUAUCUCUCACCAGGUGCCGCCUCCAUCGCAGUGGUUUGGUGGCUGGCCGAGGUGGUACCCUCUUUGACCCGCAGAUUGAGGGGCCCUUUGCAAAUCGUUACCGGCUAUGGCAAGUCCCGAGAGGACUGGGGUUUUUCGAACAUGAAAGACCAGGGUGUCCAGGAUCGUGUGUUGCUGGUGCUCCAAAAUCUGGGAGUGCCAUGCGAAGUGAGCCCCAGAAACCGUGGUCGGGUCAACCUUGAUCUGACUGGCAUCCCGGUCGAAGCUCUGCAGCGGCUCUUUCCGAAGCAGAGAGUUGCA